AUGGAUGCGCGCGCUUCUGCUCCGAUGUCUCUUCCCUUCCUUAAUCUUCAGUUUAUCAGCAUAACAGCCUCGACCUCUACUUGCUCUCUCUCACUAAGUCCUCUCAUGUCUGUAGAUUCGUAUGAGUUUCUUGGCACGUCUCUUAUACUGGAAGCUAUGCUGUUGUGUCGAUACUGCGAUGAUAUAUUUGAGCCGAAGCUGGAAGAGCUCAUUAAUCAGUUGAGGGAAGGUGAUGAAGGCUGGAUGAAUGGCUAA